AUUUCAGCGUAACCAGCCCGUAGGAGUCGUAAAACUCAAGCUUGCGCUGGUCAAUUUUAAUUAUUCGAGUACAUAUAACUCAGUCUAUUUUCGACUUAGCGCGCGGUAAGCGCCACGCCCGUAGCCCGCUCGCAGUUUGAACAUGAACAGCCAGUGCAACGUGUGACCUUGGCCCAUUACGAAGAAAAUCAGUUGAUAACAAAUCGGCACAUUUCGGGAACGGUCUGAUAAAAACCCAUUGUUCGUGUACGUGCCGGUGUUCAUCAUGGCGUCGGGCCAACAGGAAACUCGCGUUUCUACCGUUGGUAACACUGAGACGGACCUUCAAGCCUUGUUCGACAGUGUGCUGUCACCCGGCACCAACCACCCCCAACAAGUGCCAUGGAGCAAGAGGAAACUGCCGGAUUCCUUCUUCAAACCGCCCACCACGGGUUCUAAGAGCGUCGAUCACUCCCGGGAGAAUUCUUCGGAUUCCGGAGCCUUCACAUCAUCCGGUAUAUUCACAACUUCACCUGUGUCCCCUUUGAAUUCCAUACCGCUUCAGACUGUGCAUCAUAGAGCUCACAGUUCCCCGGCGUCCCUCCAACAGACUCAACAGUUCGGUGAGAUGCACUCAUGUCCACAGCACAACAAACAACUGUCCUACGAUAUGGUCCAAAAACCCAACUCCACACCCCUUCCUUACGGCUGGGAAGAGGCUAGAACCCCAGAGGGACAGACGUAUUACCUCAAUCACAUCACUAAGACGACAACUUGGGAAGACCCAAGGAAAGCAGUGAACGACAGACCAACCAGUCAUCUAAACGCCCCUCCCAAGAUGACAGCGGAGCUUCUUGGUCCCUUACCAGAAGGCUGGGAACAAUCAGUGACUCCUGAAGGUGAAAUUUACUUCAUCGACCACAUCAACCGAACGACCACGUGGUGUGACCCUAGGAUACCAGCCCAUCUCCAAACAGCAGCUUUCGGAAACACAGGGGCUACACCCUGGUACAACAUGUCGGAUAGUAACGUUCUACACAUCAAACAGCAAGACCUAAGGCUGCAACUGCUCCAUUUGGAAAGGGAGAAGCUGAAGGAACGUAGAGAAGAACUGAGAAAACAGUUAUUGCUCAAAAGUGGAGUGAACAAAGUUGUUACCUUCCCAAACCUCGACCAUUCACGCCAAAAAUCGUCAGAUAGUGCUGUUGGUGAGUCCCUGAAAGACUGGAUACCUGAAGAAGUCGACAACAGCCAGCUUGGUGUAUCCCCCGACUACAUGAACAUAUCAAGCGACGUCCAACCUCUAGAUAUCCCUUACAUACCAGAUCUAGGGGAGGAUUUGCAGUAUUCCGAGGACCUGAUGCAGACGUUGCAAAUCGAGAGAGACUAUUGAUUGUUUACCGAUGUAAUCGUUUUAUCAAUGUUACUAUUUUUAUACACAAGUAGAUCUUUUAUUAAUGAAACGUUUUUAACAAG